AUGGCUUUUUUACGGGGCAAAUUAUUUGAUGUAUUCAGCAUUAGUCCUCUACAAUUAUUUCUCGACCAAAUUCCUGACGAACAAUACAGUUCCAUAGAAUGCAAUCUGUGGAAUGAAGACGCAGGAUGCAUCAAAUGGCUUGAUUCCAAGCAACCCAAUUCCGUAAUUUACGUAAAUUUCGGAAGCAUUACAGUUAUGACAGUUGAACAUGUAGUUGAGCUUGCUUGGGGACUAGCUAACAGUAACCAUAACUUCUUGUGGAUAACAAGGCCAGAUUUGAUCAUGGGAGAAUCAGCAAUUCUGCCACCCGAAUUUCUGACUGAAACGAAAGAAAGGGGCUUUAUAGCAAGCUGGUGUCCGCAGGAGGAAAUACUGAACCACCCAUCAACGGCCGGAUUCCUGACUCACUGUGGAUGGAACUCAAUUCUCGAAACUAUCUCGUCAGGAACUCCGAUCAUCUGCUGGCCUUUCUUUGGAGAACAUUUUGUUAACAGCAGAAAAAGCUGUGGUGAAUGGGGAAUUGGCAUGGAAUUGGGCAGUGAUUUCCAUAGAAAUGAUGUGGAGAAGCUUGUUAAGGAAUUGAUGGAAGAAGAGAAGGGGAAAAAGAUGAAAGAAAAGGCGUUGGAAUGGAAGAAAUUAGCAGAGGAGUCGGUGAAUAGUAACGGGUCAUCUUCGUUGAACUUCAACAACCUAGUGAACGAAGUCCUGCUAUCGUAGUGAUCUUUCUGUAACUAACGGUAACCCAGGGAACCCGGGUUUUUAAUAUCCUAAAUCGUAUAACGUUUCCUAUCUUAUUUUUUUAUGGAAUAAACUUGUCUAGGAUUUCAUUCUGGAUUUGGUAAGUGACCAAUAAAAUGUCUAUGUCAUGCCAUUUGGCUUCAAUAAUUGAUUCACCGAUUUCUUUUUGGUUCUUA